GGGGCCGGGGCCGGGAUGGCGCUGGAGCGGGCGCUGCUGGCGGCGCGGCAGGGCGACGUGGAGGCGCUGCGGGGGCUGCGGGCGGCCGGGCUGCUGCGGCCGGGGCUGCGGGACGCCCUGGGCGCCUCCCCCGCGCACCACGCCGCCCGCGCCGGCCGCCUCGCCUGCCUGCGGUACCUGGCGGCCGAGGCCUCGCUCCGCGGGGACGCGCGGGCUCGCAACGGGGCCACGCCGGCCCACGACGCCGCCGCCACCGGCAACCUCGCCUGUCUCCAGUGGCUGCUCACGCAGGGGGGCUGCGGCGUGCAGGACACAGACAACUCCGGUGCCACCAUCCUGCACCUGGCAGCCCGCUUCGGUCACCACGAGGUGAUCGAGUGGCUCCUGCGCUUCGGGGGCAGCGACCCCACGGCGGCCACCGCCACGGGAGCGCUGCCCGUCCACUACGCCGCGGCCAAAGGGGAUUUCCCUUCCCUGCGACUCCUCCUGGGACACUGCCCCAGCACGCUGAGUGCCCAGACCAAGACGGGGGCCACCCCGCUGUACCUCGCCUGCCAGGAGGGCCACCUGGAGAUCAUCCAGUACCUGGUGCAGGACUGCGGGGCCGACCCCCACGCACGUGCCCACGACGGCAUGACCCCGCUGCACGCCGCCGCCCAGAUGGGCCACAACACCGUCAUCGUCUGGCUGAUGAGCUUCACGACGGUGAGCCUGUCGGAGCGGGAUGCCGAGGGGGCCACGGCCAUGCACUUCGCCGCCAGCCGCGGCCACGCCAAGGUGCUGAGCUGGCUGCUGCUGCACGGUGGGGAGAUCACUGCCGACGGCUGGGGCGGCACGCCGCUGCACGAUGCCGCUGAGAAUGGCGAGCUGGAGUGCUGCCAGAUCCUGGUGGUGAACGGCGCCGACCUCAGUGUCCGUGACCAGGAUGGCUACACGGCAGCCGACCUUGCUGACUACAAUGGCCACGGCCACUGCGCCCAGUACCUGCGCACUGUGGAGAACAUGAGCGUGGAGCACCGCGUGCUGUCGCGAGACCCCUCGGCGGACGGGGAGUGCCGGCAGCCCGACUCGGGCAUGUCGUCGCCCAACACCACAGUGUCGGCACCCCAGGCGCGCUUCGAGGUGGGCUCCCCCGCCAGCACCCUCUCCAACUACGACUCCUGCCACUCCAGCCAGUCCACCCCCCCUGACCCCCUGCCCUGCACAGGGGUGCCCGAGCCGGCGCUCGUGGACAUGCAGGCGUACAUGGACAUGCUGGACCCCGAGACGCGGCCGCGGGGCCGGGGCCGGCAGGCGAGGGCCCCCCCCCCGCCACCGCCCCCCACCUUCCCCCCGCCGCCGCCGCCGCCCCCCGCCGCCCGGCCACCCCCGCCGCCCCCCGGCUACCCCGCACCCACGCCCCCCGCCGCUCCCCACACCGCCGACAUCUACGUGCGGGCCAAGAACAACCUGCGGCACGUGGAGAGCCAGGCGCUGCGCCGAGAGCUGGCGUCGCGCGAGAGCAGCCCCGAGGGCCUGCGCAGGGCCGACUCCACCAGGCGGUCGAGGAAUUUCGGCAAGCAGCCGAGCACCGGUGACUACUACAAGCACCUGGGCCACGGCGCGGCCGAGCAGCCCGGCCCCCGGCGAAUGGCGCACAGCGAGGAGGUGAGCCCUCCGCCCCGCGCCACGAGCCUGCACGUGGCUCGGUGGCGGCGGCACGGGGCGACGCCUGCCCGCGCUCUCUUUCAGGCAUCGCCCAUCUCGGCGGACACCAUGCGCAACGGGGAGAGCAAGCCCGGCGCCGAGCUGCCGCCCCUGCCGCCGCCCCCGCCGCUGCCCGAUGCCGCCUGCCCGCCGCCUCCGCCGCCGCCCCCGCUGGCCGAGACCCCCGCCGGCCCCCGCCGCUCCUCGUCGUCCACGGGAAGCACCAAGUCCUUCAACAUGAUGUCCCCCACCGGUGACAACUCGGAGCUGCUGGCUGAGAUCAAGGCUGGGAAGAGCCUCAAGCCAACGCCGCAGAGCAAAGGCUUCACCACCGUCUUCUCCGGCAGCGGCCAGGCAGGGGCCAACUCAGAGUCGCCGGCAUCCUCCCCGUCACCCACCAGGACGCCCACCCCGCCGGCCACCCCUGAGGCUGCCGGGCCGCCACGCUGCCUGGCAGGGGGCUCGCCGGAGCUGGUGCUGAACGGGAGCUCGCCGGUGCUGGCGGCGGGUGCUGGGGCGCCGGUGGAGGCGGAGGUGCUGGUGCCGAGCCACGACGAGCAGGGCCGGCCCAUCCCCGAGUGGAAGCGGCAGGUGAUGGUGCGCAAGCUGCAGCUCCGCAUGCAGGAGGAAGAGGAGCAGCGGCGCAAGGAGAAGGAGGAGGAAGCGCGCCUGGCCAGUAUGCCGGCCUGGAGGAGGGACAUCCUGCGCAGAAAGCUGGAGGAGGAGAGGGAGCAGAAACGGAAAGAGCAGGAGAAGCUGAAGCGGGAGGAGGAAGAGAAGGAGAAGGAGCAGUCGGAAAAGCUAAGGACUCUCGGGUACGAUGAGACAAAGCUGGCGCCCUGGCAGCGGCAGAUCAUCCUCAAGAAGGGGGACAUAGCCAAGCACUAGCCGCGCCGUGCCGCGCCCUGGCUCUUCACGGCGGGAGGAGGCCGGCAGGUCCCGCCACGGACUGGGACGCGCCUCGGCACCCUCCUCCCGCCGCGGACGGCCGCGUAGCCCGUCCCGGAGGAGCCCCCACCGCUGCCCCAGGCACCCGUAGCCCCCAUCCCGCUGCCGCCAGCCCGCCGCCACCCCGUGCUGCCCUUCGCAAAGCGAGCUGCCACGGCGUGGGGCACCCGGCUCCUUGCGUGCCACCCGGCUCGACCGCUGCGGCUGGGCUCGCCGUGCCGGCUGGCUCCCCGUGCUCCCUGCUGGCACCGCUUGCCGUUGUGGCUGCAGCGCGCUCGCCUCCACUCCCGCCCCUCCCAUGUCCGGAGCCGCUCGAGGCCGGCUCCCGGCUCCCCCGCGCCCCGGACCGCCUGCCUUUCCAGCAAUUAAAACAAUAAACCCC